AGGUUAACAAACGAACCAGGCAGAAUGUAUGGACUUUCCUGUACUGUAUGGGCCUUCCUGCACCUCCAUAAGUGAACACAGUUAUGGCCGUGCCCACUUAUGGAACUUGCUGCAAGGGAAGUGAUGCUAUAGAUGCUUGACAAACUCCCCCCGGAUAAAUUGGGCACCUGCAGCCUGCUUGCAGAAGCUGCCUCAGCUGCCUCAGCUGCGCAGUCUGGAGUGACAGCAGCGCAGCUGGCUGCACGCAUUUCGCACACGAUAACUGUGUCCGCCACGACUCACAGUACAGAACGCUGCCACAGCUCACAUACCUGACUUGGCUCUCUAAAUCCUGAAAACUGUAAAAGCCUAUGUGAACAUAAUUAUACAAACGGGCAAUAAUAGAAAAUAAUUCCUGACUGUUCAGAUUCAGUGGAUGAUGCAAUUCUGUGGAAUUUGGCAGUUACAGAUGGUUACACAGAAAUGUUUGUAACGUCUUUUUCAUUGUAAUUUUGAGUAUCGUUAUGUAGUUGUUUCACAAUAACAUUUGAGCAGUUUCAUGAAAUGUUUUACAAUUUCUGUCCAAAAAGGAAAUAUUCUACACAUGGUAUCUCUGCGUAAUAUAUAAGAAUGCAUGCAUGUAAUAUUCAAACACUAAAAUUGACAUUUAGUUUUGUGCAAGGUCUUAGUGGCUUGUGGUUUUGAGAUGUGCUGAGAGGUCCUGCAUUUCCUGUUAUGGUCAUUUAGCUUUGAGUUCUGCUUUAAAACACACUCCACAUUUCAUGUGACAGAACAGAAUUUUCUAGAAUGCAGUGGUUUGCAGUGUUGUCAUCAUUAGUGCUGCUGUGCUCACUAGUUCGCAGCAGGCAGCUGCGUCUGGUUGGCGGCUGGCGGAGAGGUGGCUGCUCGGGGCUGGUGGAGGUGCGUGACGGCGGCAGGUGGGGGCGGCUCUGCUUUGACCGCAGGAACCCGAUUGUGGCCCGGCUGGUGUGCCUGGACGCCGGGUGCGGGGAGCUGGACUUCUUGCGCCCCAGGAGAGGAGACAGAGCUACGUCUGGGGUGCAGCUACUCUGUGAGGGCCAGGAGACCACCCUGCGAGACUGUCUCUGGAGAAGCCAAGACACGCCCUGUGACACCGAGCUAGACAUGGUCUGCACAGAUGGUGUUCCGUCUGAGCCAGUGAGCACCAGCGACACACCUAGACAACAGCAACACACACCUUCCAGCCUUCCGUGUUCCUUCGCCGCUGCCCCACCCCCAGGGCGGCUCUUCUCUGUGCUGUACGCGUCUCUGGUGCUCUGUGGCUUGGCCGUCAUGGUGGCUGCCGUCCUGACCGUGGAAGUGUUGGCAAGGAGACGCAGAUCGGCCCGGUUAGAGGUAAUUGACUUGACAAUUAGUGCUACUGAUUGGCCAGACUGGAUUCACACCUGACUCCCAGGUUAAGGGAGGUUGGAAAACCAGCAGCUUGAGGUCUGUGAUUUGAGUAAGUGGGUUGUGAAGCAGUGAGUCUGAGGUCUACGGUCAGUCAGCGAGUCAGUCGCUCAGAAUGUAUUUCUGCUCGGGCUGCUGGGUGGCUCAUCGUGUGAAAGCGCUGUUGUAGCGCCUGCUCGGGCUGCUGGGUGGCUCAUCGUGUGAAAGCGCUGUUGUAGCGUCUGCUCGGGCUGCUGGGUGGCUCAUCAUGUGAAAGCGCUGUUGUAGCGCCUGGCUUUUGGCCCCACGGUCUGAUAUGUGACCAAGCGAUGGGACGGAUUCAGCCGGCCGGGAUGACUCUGCCUCAUCGCACACCAGCGACCUUCAUUUGCACCGCUCACCUAUUCACCUGGCGAAGUGCACAAGAAAGGUCCUCCUUGGACUCCCCCCAUCUGUGCAAUCCGCAGUGUGUUAAGAAGUGGCGGGUGACAUGGCAGCGUAUGCAAUGCUGGGGAAGAGAAAGGGGAAAAACAUUUUUGAAA